AUGUGUCAAAUCAGAGUCGAUUCAGUGGAGGCGAUAAUGGAGCACCAGGGAAAGCCAUUUUCCAAUACCACGGUCAAUGGGAAGUCCUGGAGUAUUAUUUUUGGCGCGAGCGCGUUCGGGACGCCGCGCCGGGACGGCCAGUGCGGGAUGCGACCUGUUGAAGUGAGGUUGCGACGUCACUGCUCCUGGGAUAAGCGU